AUGAGAGGGGCUUUUUCCUCGGCCGUAGCGGCCAUUAGCCUUUUGCUCCUCGCCUCCCAAUGGAGGCCGGCAGCGGCCACAUGGGUGCUUGGCGGCAUCGGAGAGUCCUGCGACGCUGCUUGUGCUGAUCAAACCACCCUCCCUUGCAAUCAGGAGACUACCGACACCGUUCGAUCCCCCUCUGAAAUCUCAUACGUCUUCGAAGAGCUGAACAUGCCCUCGCAGUGCACCAGCUUUGGCUCGCGGGGCAAUUCCUACUCGCCUUACAUCCAAAUGUCUCCUGGUCCUUGCUACUACAUCGGCCCAGUAGGCACGGCCUCGUGCUCAUCCUCCCACACCGAUUACCAACGCGUGUGCUGUUGUGGCCAUAGCGCUGCCGACUGCGACAUUCUCAGGUCCACCAGCUCUACCUCGAGCACCUCCUCCACCUCGAGCACUUCAAGCACCUCCACCACCAGCUCUACCUCGAGCACCAGCUCGACCUCCUCCACCUCAACUACCUCGAGCACGUCGAGCACCUCCUCCACCUCGAGCACUUCAAGCACCUCCACCACCAGCUCUACCUCGAGCACCAGCUCUACCUCCUCCACCUCAACGACCUCAAGCACGUCGAGCACCUCCUCCACCUCGAGCACCUCAAGCACCAGCUCCACCUCCUCCACCUCAACGACUUCAAGCACGUCUAGCACCUCCUCCACCUCAAGCACCAGCUCCACCUCGAGCACCAGCUCCACCUCGACAACUUCUAGCACCUCCUCGACCUCGAGUACCAGCUCCACCAGCUCCACCUCGAGCACCAGCUCCACGUCCUCAACAUCCUCAACCACCACAUCAACGACCUACGAUUUGUGCCCCCAGCUGCAGAAUCCAGGCUUCGAUGCCCUUCUCCUGGAACCCAAUUCGGAGACGGCCACCCCGCCGUUGGAACCCAACACCUGGUCCUUUUCCGAGGGGCGACUGCGCGUCGCUCACCCCCCGACUCUGUUUGGGCCUACCACAGCUCAUUCCGGACAAAACUACAUCUACUUUGCUCCGACAUACGAUGAAGCCGAUCAGGAAGCAGAGUUGCAGCACGUCAUGGACGUCACCAUUCGCCCACUUACUGAGUAUACGCUGACUGCUUGGGCCAGCCGCUCGGCUGUGGCCGCUGCCGCCGCUAGUGCCCAAGUCUAUGACUUUGCCCCGCUCACGCUCGAGCUUCAAGCCACCACCACCAACCAAACACUGGCAGCCACGACCUUUAGCGUUGAAGACGUGGUCACCGAUGUGUGGUCGCCCAUCACGGCUACCUUUCGCGUUUGGGAAUCCCACGAUGCGCUCUACGACGGGUUGACCGCUGUCCUCCGAGUAUCCGGCUCCGGGGCCACCAUCGCCGUCGAUUCAUUUGAGCUGUGCCGCGAGAUGUUGGACACCACCACCACCACCACGACGUCCACCACCACCACCACGACGUCGACUACGACCACCUCAACUACGACAACGACCAGCACCACCACCACCACAACUUCCACCACAACAACCACGACCACCUCGACGACCACAACCACCUCGACGACCACAACCACAACCACUUCUACCACAACCACAUCCACAUCCACUACCUCGACCACCACGACCUCGACCACCACUAGCUUUCAGGAAGUCUGUUUGCCGAUGGCGGAUUACUCCUUUGAGAACAAACGGGUGGGAGCCGGCAAGACGGACACCCCCUUUACCAGCACCACCGGAGGUUGGCAAAUUGCCAGCUCUGUGGCCGCGGGCGCUCGCCUGUAUGCCAACACCAGCUCUCUCGUUCCACAUCCCGCCUCUAGCCAGGAUGGCAAUCAGGCAAUGGGCUGGAUGAGCUCCAGCACUACCAGCACUGGUCUGUGGCAGGACACGAGCCUGACCUACACGGCCCAGACUCGCUACCGCAUCAAAGCGCGCAUGGGCUACAGCUCUCUCAUCUCGCCGCCCCAAAGCUAUUUCCGUAUGGAGUUUCGCACGCCCGCCAACGACGCCGUUUUGUUCCGCCUGGUCCAAACAUACAGCCAAACUGAUUAUGAGGAAGAGAUUUUGGAGCUGAUCACCGGUGAGACGGAGACGUACUUGGGCUCGACUCUUCGCGUUGGCUUCUCCAGCUUUCUGUCGGGCAUCACACCUGUCUUGGAUGCGGUCGAGAUUUGCUACCAAUACAAUUACGCGACAACCACAGCCACCACCACCACCACCAGCAGCACGAGCACAACAACGACAACAACAACUACCAGUACCACCAGCACGAGCACUACCACCACUGUCGCCACCACAACCACGCUCACCACCUCCACUACCCCGCCCACAACCACCACCCCUUUCACUGUCGUCUCCACAACCGUGAGCGCCCCUUCGGAAUGCUUUGCAUCAUUCACCCAGCUCAUGCUCGCCAACGGUAGCUCGGCACCCAUCUCAGCACUCACCACCGGUGACAUGCUCAAGUGCGUCAACCCCAACAACGGCACCGUGGAAGAUUGCCCCCUGACCACACUCAUCCACGCCGAGCACACGCAACAAGUCCAGUUUCAAACGCUAUCGUAUGUCGAUGCACAAGGCAUCGAUCAAACCCUCACUCUAUCCGGACCCCACAUGGUCUACAAAGCCAGCGAGCCCAUGGGCAACUGCGGCCCUCUGCCCAGCGGCUCCUAUCAACCCGCUAACAAUGUCAGUGUGGGUGACCUGGUCGUGGUCUAUGAGGACAGCUGCCUGCGCACCGUCGCCAUCUCGGCCGUUGGCUCGGCCAUCACCAUGGGCUUUUAUGCACCCUUGACGUCCGCGAGCACCAUGAUUGCAGAGGGCAUUGUUUCGUCCGCCUUUACGUAUCUGGGCUAUCAGAUCGGCCAGGAUCUGAGCCACGACCUCAAGCACAUCUUCUAUUCACCCCUCACCGCCGUCGUGGAGAGUGACCUGCCUGUUCGCGAAUACGACAACGGCCUCCACCCCUACAUCAGCAUGGCCACCAACUACACCUCCAUGGUACCUCUGGAGCAGAAGGGCAAUGCUUUGCGGACCAUCAUGGGCUAUGUGAUCGACAUCUACUAUGCCAACGGGGGUGCGCUGACCGUGGCCGAGGUGGAAGACAUCCUGCAAAACGUGACUGCCUCGUACCAAAAGUAG